AUGUCAGUUUUGUUUUGUCAGUUCUCUGAUUUCAUUUCGCCAUAUUGGACUUCCUAGUGUUACAUACCGAGAAACUUUCUUUAAAAUUGCUAGCAGAGCAUAUAAUUUUUUAAUUUUUCUAGUAGUUUAUUAAAUCCUAUGAAUUGUUGGCAAUUUUAGUGUUGCCUGUGAAAACAAGUGAAGUUUCUUAGUUUAUGUGUAACCGUUGGUGACCCUACUACUAAAAAUGGCGUGUGCAACUUUGAAGAGAUCGCUGGAAUGGGACUCGUACCUCGGGGGCGGCAGACCAGCAAAGAGGAGACGAUGCGCUCCCUUUUGUACCAGUCCGACAAACCGAGAAAAACUCGGAGAUCGGUCAACAUCUAGUUCUCCUAGCAGCCCCAUGUGCAGCAGUUCUCAAAAAUCAGUUUUCCCAGAUGUUCUUAGUAAAAAAUUAACCCCCGAAUAUAUGGCUGAAAAUAUUAAAGCCGAAUUGAAGAGGUUACAGAGACGCAAGCAACUACAAUACAGUAUGAUGGAAAAUUCAGAUAGUGGAAGUGAAGGAUCUAAUGAUGUAUUACCAUCUCGAGCAGAGAAACCUAUUUUUACAUUUAAACAGGUUGGAUUAAUAUGUGAACGAAUGCUCAGAGAACGAGAGUCUGAAAUAAGAGAAGAGUAUGAUAAUGUCUUGACCACAAAGCUUGCUGAGCAAUAUGAUGCUUUUGUUAAAUUUACAUAUGAUCAAAUUCAGAAGAACUAUAGUAGUCAAACUGCUCCAAGUUAUCUGUCGUAAAUUGUAACAAUCACAUCAGAGUAGCGCUGUGCUCUACGUUAGAUUUAUAUAAUAUACAGUCAUUUAUACAUAUACAACAUAAUACGGAUGAAACAGUUGCAUUUCAAGAUGCCUUAGAAUAUAAUUAUUCAAUACCUGGCGUUUUGUAUAUACCCCACUGUCUUUAUUUUGUAACUCUAAUAGGAAUUGACAUAUAAUAUAUUUGUUAUUUCUUGUAAAUAUCGUUUCUUUAUUACUUCUUUCUCUGAUAAUGGCGCUACAAAAAUAUUUAGAUGUUAAGAUUUUUUCAGUGAUUGAGAAAAUGUAAUACGAUUUUAAAAUAUACAGUAUGAUUAAGAAAAGGCUUGAUUGAUUAAUACUGGAUAAGGUGUGGUAAGGCCACAUUUGAAAUUUGAUUUGAUAUGACUGAUUUUUUCUAGAUAUUUUCUUGAGUGUAUUGUAUAUUUACAAACAACAAAUCGUUGAUAUUUUUUCUAUAAAUUGUUUAACAUAGGACGGUAAUAUUAAAUAUUAAUUUUUUCUUACUUUUAAAGAGGUGAUUUAAAAAAGAACAUUAGGUAGGUAGGUAUGUCACUUUUAUAUUAACUAGUUAUAAUAUUUGUAAUUCUUUUCUGAACUGAAAUUUUAUAUGUGAAUUUUUUAAAUUUCCUCACAAUAAUUGCCAUAGAUUAAGAUGGCUUUUGAACUUUUUUAUUUAUUUAAAUAUUGUUUCACUGCUCGAUGAUAGUUUUGUUUCAAUGAUUGUUAAUAGUAUUAUAAAACCAUUUACCAAUCAUAUUAGAAUUUAACUGCAUAAAAAUGCUAUUUUUUCUUUUAGUUUACAAAUCUAUAAUUAGUAUGUAUCUUAGUCCCUAGAUAUUGAGCAUUCAGUUUUUUCUAGUUUUUAAGUUGUUCACUAUUAUUAUUGCAAUAAUUUAAAGAAUUUUAUAUUCAGGUACCAAUUGAGUCUAGGUACAUAUUUUUAUUUCAUAUUUAAUUGAUAUUGUUAAUAAAAUUGUUAAAAUUCAUAAAUUAUUGCUAUAAUCGCUUUAAUUUUUAUUUAUUUACUUAUAUAUAAAUGCAUAUAACCUUUAUUAUCGUACUCUCUUCAUUGGAAGUGAACUUUAAUUUUCUAAAUAAGAUUUUUUGAUCGAGAAAUAAUUAACAAAAAAACUAUCACAAAUUUGGUUACUCAGAGUAUGUAUGUGUAACGAAAUUGUUGAUAUUUUUCUGUAAAUACAUAAAAUUAACUAUCUUGAAAUGAAAAAGGUAAAUUUUUAUAGUUUAGUUACUUAUGUUAGUUAAUAAACAAGGGCUAUUCA